AACAAUGGAAGCUCACAUGUCCACUUCAAGCCAAAGAAGCUUGCUCUUCUGCUUUCUCAUUGCCUUGUCCCUUCUCCUGCUUCCCAGCUCCAAUGCAGAAGUUCACUACCAUGACUUCAUUGUGCAAGCAACGCCGGUGAAUAAGCUUUGCAAGACCCAUAAUAUCAUCACUGUGAAUGGGCAAUUUCCUGGUCCAACUAUUGAAAUUCGCAAUGGUGAUACAUUGGUGGUCAGUGUUGUGAACCGGGCUCAGUACAAUGUCACAAUACACUGGCACGGGAUUCGCCAAAUGAGAACAGCAUGGGCAGAUGGACCUGAAUUUGUAACGCAAUGCCCGAUUCGACCUGGAGGACACUACACCUAUAGGUUCACCGUUCAGGGCCAAGAAGGAACACUAUGGUGGCAUGCUCAUAGCUCAUGGCUUAGGGCAACUGUAUAUGGUGCUCUUAUCAUUCACCCCAAAGAGGGCAAUAACUACCCCUUUGCCCAACCAAACAGGGAAUUCCCGGUCAUACUUGGUGAGUGGUGGAACCAAGAUCCCAUCACCGUCGUCCGGCAAGCCACACAAACUGGCGCCGCCCCCAACAUCUCCGACGCCUUCACCAUCAACGGCGAACCAGGCGACCUGUACAACUGCUCUUCACAAUCCACCACCACCUUCCCCGUCAAGCCUAACCAAAUCAACCUACUCCGUUUCAUCAACGCCGCCCUCAACGACGAACUCUUCGUCUCCAUCGCCGGACACUCCAUGACCGUCGUUUCGGCUGACGCUUCUUACACCAAACCCUUCACCACCUCCGUUCUGAUGCUCGGACCCGGCCAAACCACCGACGUCCUCGUCACCACCAACCAGCCCUCUUCCCGCUACUACAUCGCCGCCCGCGCCUACGCCAGCGCGCAAGGCGUCGCCUUUGACAACACCACCACCACCGCCAUCCUUGAAUACGACUGUGGGUGCCUUUCCAACUCCAUCAAGCCGGCUUUCCCUACCCUCCCCGCCUUCAAUGAUACAGCGACCGCUACCGCCUUUAGCCGCCAGUUUUUUAGUGCUUCCCCUGUCAAAAUACCUUCCCCUGUCACCGAUAACCUUUUCUUCACCGUCGGCUUAGGCCUCCUCCCCUGCCAACCCGGAAGAACCUGCGGUGGUCCCAACGGCACUCGCUUCUCCGCCAGCAUCAACAACGUCUCAUUCGUUCUCCCACAAAGCUUCUCCAUUCUCCAAGCCCACCAUCUCGGCGUCGCCGGCGUCUUCUCCGCCGACUUCCCCCCGAGCCCGCCGAUUCAAUUCGACUACACUGGAAACGUCAGCCGCGCUCUUUGGCAGCCUGUUCCGGCAACCAAAGUUUACAGAUUGAAAUACGGAGCAGUAGUGGAAUUGGUGUUGCAGGGGACUAGCAUCGUCACGGCAGAGAACCACCCGAUACAUCUCCAUGGAUACGACUUCUAUAUCCUCGCUGAAGGAUUCGGAAACUUCAAUCGGGCUACUGAUACGGCGAAGUUUAACUUGGUGAAUCCGCCGCUGAGGAACACGGUGGGAGUGCCGGUGAACGGAUGGGCAGUGAUACGAUUUGUGGCAGACAAUCCUGGGGUGUGGCUACUUCAUUGUCAUUUGGAUGUUCAUAUCACUUGGGGAUUGGCUAUGGCGUUCUUGGUGGAUAACGGAGUUGGAGAGCUAGAGGCGUUGGAGGCGCCGCCGGAGGAUUUGCCGCCUUGUUAGAAGCAUUGGGUGGAACUUGGAAGGAGAGGAUGGAGCUGAGUAAUCAGAGAUUAUAGAAAUUGUGUUCUUUUUUUUUUUCUCAUUAUCAUUAUGUUUAUUUUUAUUUUUUAUUUUGUGGGAUUGGUGAUCAGAAAGUUUAUUGGGGAUUAUUUUGAAGAUUUGAAGUAUCUAAUUGGCAUUGUUUUCAAGUAUCUAAAUUGUAUUGUUACUACAAGUUUGA